AUGGCGAUGACAGCAAACACACCUUCUCACGUCAGGAAGGAGGAAGACGCACCGCAGCUGUUAAUGUUAGUGCGUUAAUUCCGGUACAUUUGUGUCAGUGUUGAACUCCGUCUGUCUGUCCGUCCAUGCUCGGUGUGUAAACCGGGAUAUUCUGCCGUUUCACCGACUCUCAGAGCUGUGGGAUGAGUUUUAUAACCAACUGGAGAAGCAGUGUGAAGAAAAAUGACAGCAAAAAGGACGCCGUGCGGGGACAAGACAGUCCUGACGGCCGGGACUCCCCGAGCGGGUUGUCAGUCAUAAACAGUCCAGAAAUGGAUCCCAUCAUCACAGACUUCAGGUUACAGCUACCGGACAACAAAGAUGAGCAGCAAUCAACAAAUCCAUCAAAUGGGUGCUCGCGGUCAGACCUGACGCUGGCUCUGGAGGACUGCAUGGUAGCCCUGGAUCUGUUUCUCAGAAACGACUUUGAGGAAGCGCAAACCCGGCUUAGAUGCAGAAGCAAAGACAGCAUGUACCACGCCCUGAACUAUGCCACCAUACUGGAGAUGCAGGCCAUGAUGACCUUUGACCCCCAACACAUCCUGACUGCAGGAAACACCAUGAAGGAGGCCCAGGCCAUCUGUCAGCGGCACCGCAAGAAGUCGAGCUUCUCCAAAAACUUCACAGAAGAGGAGCUCCACGCCGAGGUGUGCUACGCCGAGUGUCUCCUGCAGAGGGCAGCACUCACCUUCCUUCAGGAUGAAAACAUGAUCAGUUUCAUCAAAGGGGGAAUCAAAGUGAGGAACAGCUACCAGACAUACAAAGAGCUUCACACAGUCCUCCAGUCCUCUGGAUACUCUCACGGUGACAACCACGGACAUUUUGAGGGUGGCGUUAAACUGGGAGUAGGAGCCUUUAAUCUAAUGAUUUCCAUGUUGCCCACGCGGACGCUGAAGCUGCUGGAGUUUGUCGGUUUCUCUGGUAAUAAGGAGUUUGGUCUUCAGCAGCUUCUGGAGGGUUCUGUAGAAAGCACAUUCAGGUCAUUCCUGUGUAACAUGCUGCUGCUCUGUUAUCACACCUUCAUGAGCUUCAUACUAGGCACUGGAGAAGGAGACGUUGAAGAUGCAGAGAAACUGCUGCAGCCAUAUCUGAAAAAAUAUCCGAAGGGAUCCAUCUUCUUGUUCUUCGCUGGUCGAAUAGAGGAGAUCAAAGGCAACCUGGAUGCUGCUAUCAUGCGUUUUGAGGAGUGCUGCGAGGCUCAGCAGCAGUGGAAGCAGUUCCACCACAUGUGUUACUGGGAGCUGAUGUGGUGCUUCACGUACAAGAGGCACUGGAAGAUGGCCUACUUCUACGCCGACCUGCUCAGCAAGGAGAACACCUGGUCUAAGGCUACCUAUGCGUAUAUGAAAGCAGCCUACCUCAGCAUGCUGACUGAGGAUGACUGCCUAACCUUCGGGGAGACUGCGCUCACUCUUUUCAGGCAGGUCCCAGGGCUGAAGCAGAAAAUAGCGGGGAAAUCUUUACCAACAGAGAAGUUUGCUAUCAGGAAAGCCCGUCGCUACCUUGCAGAAAAACCCAUUCCUCUUCCUGCUCCUCCACUGGAGAUGAUGUACAUCUGGAACGGCUACACAGUCAUUGGCAAACACAAAGACCUGACUGAAGGCAUGCUGAAAACACUGGAGGAGGCACAGGCUAAUCUCGAGAGCAGCCCAAGGUCUGAGUUCACCAUAGAUGAUCAGUGUCUGAUCAGCCUCUUGAAGGGACUGUGUCUCAAACACCUGGGGCAUCAAGAGGAAGCCGAACACUACUUUACCCUCGUCCUCUGCAAUGAGACUCAGAUCAAGUACGACCACUACCUGGUUCCUAAUGCCCUGCUGGAGAACGGCCUGCUGUGUCUGGAGCAAGGCAGGACAGCCGAAGCUGUCAGACUCCUAGAAACCGCAAAGCAAAACUACAAAAACUACUCGAUGGAAUCACGAACACACUUCCGUAUUCAGGCUGCUCUGCACAAGGCCAAGGGCGCGGGCGCAGGAGUGGGCGCGGGGGAGAACGGUAUCAAUGUUCCCACCAGCCCAUAACAGACAGAGGAGAGCGCACUAGAGCAGAGACAGAUUUCUGUUUCCGCAGUCCCACAAUGCAACACUCAGCCCAACCCAGCUCCGUCCAUUCGGGUGGGUGAUUUGUUUUGUCCAUCAGGAGGGUAGGGGAAGGUGGAUGCUUGUUUUCCUCAUGCGUGCUGCCCUUUCGGGCGACUGCAGCUCUAUGUGGCUCUGACCGGCUGAGGCAGGUUUGCUACGUCCUCUUCCAGAGAUAUAUUAUGAUGAACUCCACUUCCUUGUGUGAUUUGAAAUAGAGACGAGUUGAGGAAUGUGCCUAUAUUUAUGAAACAUUGCUUUUAGCAGGCUUGUUUGUCUAGCACUGUGGCCACCCAUAAGGGGCGCACUAGGGUAGGAAACAAGGUGACAUUUGUGUAGUAUAUACUGCAGAUGGCCUCCACUACUACCCCGGAAUAAAAAUGUGCCCGGUUCAGGGUGGUGGCACAAAUACCUCCCAUAUAAAUUACUGACAGUAACUCCACCUGGCCAGCAGCUCCAUUUGACCUGGUUGCUACAAAGCUCUCCCACCUCUUUUAAUUUAAUGUAAAUUAGAGAUUAUUGAUUAAAUGACUUGUGUCGAUGGGAGAUGACACAUAGUUAUGUGUUGACACAUCACGUACAUAUCAUAUCAUGCAACUCACCACAUGGUCCAUGAGGACUAUGAGACUGUCUUAUACUGUGUCAUUUGAUACAUUUUGGUUGACAGGUUUCACCUCUAUUUAGAUAUUUGAUCAAAACCAAUACGACAUAAUUAGAUAUAAAUUAUUUAUAUGUUGGAUUCACUUUUACACUACAUAAACUUUGGUUCAGUGUGUUUCUCAGAGUGAGUUUUAUUGUUUUUAUUAUUUUACAUUUUUCCUUUAAACCUAUUGAAACAGUCUCCUUCUGAAGAAAUAAUUAAAUCUGCAAUCCUGUUGUAUUUACAGUCACAUGUAAUGGCUUUUGCACAGCGCUUUGUAAAUCAGCCAGCCAUGUAAACUCUCCAGAGUCAAAGAAUCAGAGUUGAAGUGAGAGUUGUUCUUUACAUUUAUAUACUGUAAGUGGCACCUUUUACACAAAUUGUCCUGUUUUAAGAGGACAGAUGCAUGUGUCUUUUAGAAAGGCAGACUCCCUCCUUUUCUCCUCCUGGCGCGUGGGACAGGCUCCAGCAGUACUUGAGCUCAAACAAAUAGGCCAUUCACGCCGAGCAGCGAAGGACUGUGUGCUCGUCCGCCUGUUGCAUCUAUAGUGAGUGAAGAAGCUCUGAACGGGAACCACCACAGUCUUCCGGCUUAGCGAACGUCCUCUGCUGCUCCUGUAUCAGCCAUGCUUGACUACAACCACCUAUAGAGGGACAUGAACAUCAUAACCACGCUCCUGUAUCAAAUAGUAAUCUGUAUAUGAACAAACACUUGUAAUGAUUGAUAAUAAGACAGAAAGGGGUCUAAUCGUGUCUGUGGUGAGGUUAUUUGAAGGGCUGUGUCUCAGCAACAGAUUGUCCAAAACCUAGAAACUCAGAUGGUGUCUCAAGUGUUGGAAUUAGAGCACUGCUUAUUUAUUCAUGAUUAGAGUAAGGUUUGGGAUUCAAGACGAUGAUGAGGAGUCAGUUUCCAUUUUUUUUUAAUGGUGAAGGAAACAUACUUUCAAUAUUGUUGUCUUCCAGCUCUCUGGAAUAUUUCAAUAACAAAUUAUAUUUAAUUUUCUGAUAAUGAAUUAAGCUUAUUUCUCUUCCCCCCCUCCCUUUAGUUUUGCAGAUAUAGCUGAACGAAACUCUAACCAAAUUUAGUGGCAUUGUUUACAAUCAGCAUAUUUUAUUGGGCACGGCUACUACUGAGCAGAAUGACAUUCCUGUACAUACUGAAUGUUUCUAAUGUAAUUUAAGAUGACAUGAUGAUAAGCAACUAAAAAAAAAAAAUCCCAUUUUGUGUUGUCUUUUUUUUUGUCAUUUGUGCACCACAAACAGAAGCAGAAAAUACAAUAUGUA